AUGUCGGAUUAUACUCAAAGCCAGUUGACGGAACAAUUGAAGCAUUUGCUGACAAAGUCGGAAAGAGAUGUGUUACACCCUUUGACCAAAAUAGUAUCCCCCUCAGAGCCAAUGGAUUUACAGCAAAUAAGAGCCGCUCGUCAACAACGUACGUCGGAAAGCUCGUCGUCAUCAGUUUCUUCUUUACCGACAGAAGUAUUAGAUCCACCAUCAAAUCAAGCUCAACCGAAUAGUACACCAACACUUGCUAGUCCACAACCACAACACACCUCAUUUCGCCGUAAACAUUCUAUCCACAAGUUCAAUCGAAGUCAAUACAGUCUUAGUUCGAUCUCAUCCACGCCAUAUGGGUCUACAGUCCCAAGUAUGAGUAGCUCACCAAAGGACAAUUUUGCAAGAGAGCCACCAAGAAUACAUGCAAAGUUGUAUUGCGAGGAUGUCGCUAAAAACAACAAGACGGCAAAAGAUGUGUUAUCUCGCUUAUCUUCCGACGAGUUGCGUUCGGUAAAGACCCAUACUGAGUUAGCAGAAACAGCCAACGGAGUGAGAAUGUUGGCCAAGAAUCUUUCGAGGGCCACCAUACAAUUGGAUGUAAAGGCUUUGAUGAUUGUGACCAAAGCGAGGGACAAUGCGUUGGUCUACUUGACGCGAGAGGUGGUAGAAUGGAUAUUGACAAACCAUACCGAAAUCACUGUUUAUGUUGAUUCAAAACUAGAACAAUCAAAAAGAUUUGACAGUAAGCGCAUGAUCAAACAAUACCCUAAUGCUGCUAAACAUUUGCGAUAUUGGAACAAAGAUUUGACGUUAAAAUCCCCAGAGUUAUUUGAUUUAGUGGUGACACUAGGAGGCGAUGGUACUGUUCUCUACGUGUCUAAUUUGUUUCAAAAAGUGGUGCCACCUGUAUUGUCAUUUUCAUUGGGUAGUUUAGGGUUCUUGACGAAUUUCAAGUUUGAUGACUACAAGUCAAAAUUAAACCAUUGUUUAGAUUCGGGGGUUAAGGCAAAUUUGAGAAUGAGAUUCACUUGUCGGGUACACACAGCAGAGGGGAAAUUAAUUUGUGAGCAGCAAGUUUUGAAUGAAUUGGUGGUUGACAGAGGUCCAUCCCCGUUUGUGACUAAUUUGGAGCUUUAUGGUGACGGAUCGCUAUUGACUAUAGCACAAGCGGACGGACUAAUAAUUGCAACACCCACAGGAUCAACUGCAUAUUCUCUAUCGGCUGGAGGUUCAUUAGUUCAUCCUGGUGUCAGUGCAAUUAGCGUGACGCCAAUUUGUCCUCAUACAUUAUCAUUCCGCCCCAUAUUGUUGCCAGAUGGUAUGUUUUUGAAAAUCAAGGUACCCUUAACCAGUCGGUCAACCGCAUGGUGUUCUUUUGAUGGGAAAGUAAGAAAGGAACUUAGUAAAGGAUAUUAUGUCACAAUACAGGCUUCUCCUUUCCCAUUUCCCACUGUUAUUGCUUCUAAAACAGAAUAUAUGGAUUCAGUUAGUAGAAACUUGAAUUGGAAUGUUAGAGAACAACAAAAACCAUUCAGUUCAUAUUUGAAACCAGAAACGAGACAGAUGAUGGUGGAAAAUGAUAAUGGGGAAGAUAAACCGAAAGAAAAUGACGAUAAUGAUGAUUUUGAUAUAAACUAUAGUGAUCAAGAGGAAACAGAAGAGAAGACGUCUUCUAGUAAUACUACAAGCGAAACAAAUAGUGAAGAUAUGCUGUAUCUUCCGCUUGGUGGUGGAACUCAAACACCUACAACUAAUAAUCAGGAUGACCGCUGUUGUUAUGCACAUCCUCAUGCAAGGGUACACUUGAAUGGAUCUUGA